UUAAUGAUACCAUUUACACGGUUGGAAUGUCCAUGGUCACCGAUUCGUGUGAGAAUUGUACCUGCAUUUCUGAGCAAGGUACAAAGACUACCAGGGACAUUCUGCAGUGUGAACCAGUUCACUGUGAAACAUCUUGCCCCCUGGGUUAUGAAUAUAAGAAAGAGGAUGGAGAAUGCUGUGGGAAGUGUCAUGAAACAGCCUGCAGAAUCAAACUAAGUAAUAACACUGUGAAGGUGCUUGGUCUUGAUGAGAUCCUGCCACUCGAUUCCUGCAGCAAUUAUAAAUGUGAGAAAAUUGAAGAUCAGUUUGUUCCAGUCCAAACUAAAAAAACAUGCCCUGAAUUCAAGCCAGACGACUGUGACGACGACGAAGUAGAGACUACUCCUGAUGGCUGCUGCAAGAUAUGUACAGUUCCAAAGUGCAAAAUUUAUAGCAAUGAGACUGUGAUCCGCCACGGCGAAUGCGAAUCUCCAGAACCUGUUGAAUUGACCUACUGUAAAGGGACUUGUCCUGGAUUCUCACUGUAUUCCACUGAAGCAAACCAGAUGCAACGUGACUGUAGCUGCUGCCAAGAGCUCAGCAGCCAGAUAAGACAGGUGACCCUCACUUGCCAAAAUGGAACAAGCAUCAACUAUAGUUACGUCUAUGUGGAAAAAUGCAAGUGCACGAAUGCAUGCAUUCCAGAAAGCCCUGGAAAAGGUGGCCUACAGUGGAAGAAAAGUAGCUGA